GACAGCUUGCAUCAGUGACAGACUCAACUGCUUUACUGAGAAAGAGAAAUGAGAAGAUCGUUGUGCUGAAGAGGGAGGAAAAAAAUCUCUGGGUGAACAUCAGCUUCUUAAAAGUUACCCAGUCUGAAACUUACAUCCAUACAUAUUGCAGCUUGGGUUGAAGAGAGGCUGAAAUCUUGCAAAGUAGAUUGGGUGCCUGAGGAAUGGCUGUGUCUCCAGUGACGCUGUUGCUCCUGCUACCGCCGCUGCUGCUUGUUCUGUUCAGCGAUACCGCUAAAGGACAGCGAGACCCAGAGCUGUUCUGUGGAGCAUGCAAGGCCCUUGCUGAUGAGCUGGCCUACGACAUCAAGAAAAUAGGUCCAAAGAGGACUGUGAAUUCGGGGACAUUUCGGCUCAACCCUGAUGGCACGAGAGGAAAGAAAAAGGUUGCUUUUACAAAGUCAGAGACCUUCUUAACGGACGUUUUGGAAAAGAUAUGUGAUCGGAUGAACGACUAUCAACUUCAAGACGACCCAGUCACUAACAAAAAGAUAUUCAAGAGAUAUGCUCCUAGGAAAGAUGAGCCAAUCUACGCAGAAUAUAAAAAAUACUUUUUUUAUUCUGACGCUUAUAAGCCCUUGAAAUAUGCGUGCGAAACUAUCAUAGAACAGUAUGAAGAUGAAAUAUACUCACUUAUCGCCCAGGAGGCAGACUUUCUGGCUGACAAGCUGUGCAUUGAAAAAUCAGGUCUUUGUCCAAACCCCGAGGUGCAUGGUGAGCUCUAGAACAACUGGAGUCUGCUGCUGUUACAGAUGAAGAACGUCAAGUGAAAUAUCUCUACAAUUUCUGCCUUCCAUUAACCCUUAUCUUUGUUUAUGGUGGGUUGUUGUGGUUUUUUUUAAAAAAAAAUACAUCCACCUUGAUACUGAUAAUUUAAAGUUGCCAUCUGCACCAAUUAUUGAGGACACUGGACUGGGACUAGAAUGGUCAGUGGUGAAAAUUAUUCCCAAGGCUGUUGUGUCAGUCAUGCUCUUUUUCAAGAACCCCAAUGCCUGGUAGUAAGAGAAUUUGUUAGCUCACUGGUAGAAUGGUAACUCUUGCUUAGCAGAAGAUGGCCACGUGGAUUGAAGCAAAAUUAUGGCGUUGUGUAUUGUUAAUCUCUUGUUUUAGCUGGUGUGGUUUUACCAAGUCAUUGUGAAUAUAUGAACCAGUUUUAAUGAUGAUGAUGAUGAUGAUGAUGAUGAUGAUGUUCAGGGCUCACCUUAGACUGCUAAUGACACUGGUGUUGUCACACUGAAGUCAACAGAACUGUGCCGGUUUAAGUAAAUGUCAACUGGUUCCUGUUGCUAUAAAUCAACUCUUUGGCAGAAGCUUUCUCAACAUACCAUCCUUUAGAAGUGAUCUGAUUUAAAGAAACUUUCUUUGUUUAGUAGACAGCAUUUUGGGUGCUCUAGGUAUUGGAAGAGAUCACUGAGCAAAAAGUCUAUCAAAUAGCAGAAUCUCUUGUUUAGGGGUAGAAUCCAGCCAACCCAUAAGGCAGUUGCUUCUGUUCCUUGCACUCAAAACAAACGAAAAGGCAGAAUUUAAUGUGAUCACCAUAAAUUGCAAUCAGAUUGUAAAGAGGUUGCUUCAAAAUGGGGAAAUAUCAGUGUGCCCCUGACGCUUCUUGCACCAGUAAACCGUGUCUAAUAAUUUU